AUGCCCCUUAAUCCCAUAUUAGAAGUUGAAUUGUUUGAUGUGUGGGGCAUUGAUUUCAUGGGUCCUUUUUCCCCUUCUUGCUGGAACAAAUUUAUAUUGAUGGCUGUUGAUUAUGUAAUGAAGUGGGUGGAAGUUGUUGCCUUACCUACUAAUGAUGCCAAGGUGGUUAUAAAAUUCUUAAAGAAAAAUAUUUUGACAAGAUAUGGGACCCCCCGUUGUAUCAUCAGUGACAGUGGGAAACAUUUCAUUAACCGCCAGUUUGAGAGGUUGUUGGAAAAAUAUGGAGUCAAACAUAAAGUUGCAACUCCAUAUCAUCCACAGAACAGUGGACUUAUCGAAGUCUCUAACCGAGAGGUUAAGAGGAUUCUAGAGAAGGUUGGCAACCCUUCUCAGAAAGAUUGGUCUCUCAAAUUAGAUGAGGCAUUAUGGGCUUACAGAACAACCUACAGAACACCCUUAGGAUGUUCCCGUUAUACAUUAAUUUUUGGCAAAGCAUGCCACCUCCCUCUAGAGUUAGAACACAAAGCAUAUUGGGCAGUUUAUGCUCUCAACAUAGAUGAGAAGGUAGCAGGGGAAAAGAGAAUGCUACAGCUUGAAGAACUGGAUGAAUUCAGAGGAAACACAUAUGAAAAUCACAAGCUGUACAAAGAAAAGAUGAAAAAGUGGCACGACAAAAGAAUUAGGAGCAAAGAGCUCAACAUUGGUCAGAAAGUGUUACUAUUCAAUUCCAGGCUCCGAUUGUUCCCAGGAAAGCUCAAAUCAAGAUGGACUGGGCCAUAUCAAAUUGUAAAUGAUGCAGGAAAUGGAGCUUUUAAAGUUCAGGGAACUGAACAUGGCCAUUCUUUCAAAGUUAACGGGCAUAGGUUAAAGUAG